CUGAACAUUUUUGUUGUUGCAUUGCAUGUGUUUUCAAAUUGGCAUUUCCUCUGAAGCAGCAGUACUUUUCUCCUUUUGGUCAGAUGUAGCCAGUUUGCGCUUAUAAAAAAAAUAAAUAACAUGGUUUGGAUAGCUUCUUGUGUAUGAAGUCACCCCACCUUCCCACAGUCUCCAACCAGUCACACCUGUCAGAAAUGAUGAGCAUGCCAAAUGAUAAAAAAAUUCUUUGCCAACAUGACUGUCCUAACCUAUCACCCUUCCCCUUGAUGCCAUUUCUCUGCCAGCAUCUGGGUGUGUCUUGCCUCAGUCACUUUAGUUCCAGGUAACUGGAGGGGGGGUUGAGGGUGAGAUGCAGAUUAGGUGGAGCUCACUCGGACCUCCUCUACAGCUGAAGGCAGAUAAAAUCCAGGGGACAAGGUACUUUGAGGGACUUGACUCUCCUCUUGGUGUGCUCCACUGCUCUGCCAAACCUCUCUCUCUCUGCCUCUGCUUUUGUCUGUGAAUCCUUUUUCACAGGACACAAAACCUUGGACAAAGCCAUGUCGAGUUUCAUUUCGCCCCAAGAUAGCGGACGUUACAUUUCUGGAGCAGGAUAUAAAAAUUUUCCUUCCAUCAUGUUUGCUUCUGGUGCUGGUGGUGCUGGUGGUAGCGUCCGCCAAAGCUCUGCAACAUCUCUUUCAAUCAGAAGGUCAGCCAGAAUGUCAUCUGUAUCAAUGUAUGGGGGUGGUGGCCCAGGUUUUCGUCUUGGUAGUAACACUGGUGGUAGUGGUGGUUUAAGGGCUUCUCUUGGUGGACAUGCUGGCGGGUUCUGUGGAGUGCCACCCGUCACAGCUGUAACAGCCAACAUGAGUCUUCUGACCCCUGUGGAACUUGAGAUCGACCAAACCUUCAAGGCUGUCCGCACCAAAGAGAAAGAUCAAAUCAAGACUCUAAAUAACCGCUUCGCAGAGUUGAUUGACGGGGUACGCCUCCUAGAACAGCAAAACAAAAAGCUCGAGACCAAGUGGAGUCUGCUGCAGGACCAGACCACCACCAGUUCCUGCACUAAUGCCAUGUUUGAGGCCUACAUCCUUAACUUGCGCAGACAUCUGGAUGGGCUCGGCAAUGAGAAGACCAAGCUGGAGGGAGAGCAGAAGAACAUACGGGGACUGAUGGAAAACUUCAAGGAAAAGUAUGAAGAUGAAAUCAACAAGCGCAAUUCUGCAGAGAAUGAGUAUGUGCUCCUGAAGAAGGAUGUGGAUGCCGCCUACUUGAGUAAGGCUGAGCUGGAUGCCAGGGUUGAUGCCCUUCAGGAUGAGUUUAACUUCCUCAAAGCUGUCCAUCAAGCGGAACUGGAUGAGCUCCAGGGACAGAUUAAGGACAUCUCAGUCACUGUAGAAAUGAACAACGGCCGAAACCUGGACAUGGAUGCCAUUGUGGCUGAGAUCAAGGCUCAGUAUCAAAUCAUCGCCGACCGCAGCCGUAAAGAAGCUGAAUUAUGUUAUCAGCAGAGGUACCAGGAAAUACAGAUCAGUGCACAGCAGACCGGAGAAGACCUUUGCAGCACAAAGAAGGAGAUUUCUGAGCUCAACCUCUUGAUUAAACGCCUCCAGUGUGAGAUUGAGUCAGUCAAGAGACAGCGUGACAAGCUGGAGGCCCAGGUCGCCGAGGCCGAGAAGUGUGGUGAGCUGGCUGUGGAAGAUGCCAGGGCCCGCAUAAAUGACCUGGAUGAAGCUCUGCGGAAAGCCAAACAGAGCAUGGCAUGCCAGGUCCUCGAGUACCAGCAGCUCAUGAACGUCAAACUGGCUUUGGACAUUGAGAUUUCCACCUACAAGAAGCUUCUGGAAGGAGAGGAAUCCAUAAUUGCUGAUGGCGGUGGAAGUGCAACCAUCUGCAUUAAGAGCAAAGGCAGCGGUGGUGGAAGCAGUGAUGCUGGCCAGGGCCGCAUCAAGGUCAGCGACCCUGAAUAUGACUUCCCAGUGAUAGUGUUAAAAGAGAAAGUUCUGUAUUGUAAAUAUGUUUAAGAAAAUACAAAUAUGAUUGACUAGU